AGAGGUCAGCUCAGCCUGUCAGUGUGAUGAUAAACUGUCAGUCUAAGCCUUGCCGAUGGCUGAGUACUGUUGCAUGCCCACAGUCACAAAGUCGUCGUUUGACUAAAGGACAGGCUUGACGCUUUGGAGUAUUCUGGUUUCACUGUGUGACAGGAUUCAACUCCAGCCCUCCAGCCUUUCUCCUCCUCACUCUCGGCCAUUAGAUGAGCACCUGAUGGUGGUGUGACAUGCAGAACAUGAUGCCUCACCUGGCAGAGACGUCACACCCGACAGCUGCUGUAUCGCAGGUGCUGAUGGUGUGGUUAUUACUAACACACGUGAUGGCAUAUUCACCGCAGUGUACUUUGCCACCUACCAUAGGACCGGGGCCUCUCAGGCCGAGCGUGUCGCCGCAGUUCACGGUGCGUGUGGAGGCGGUGCUGCUGGAGCAGAACAGAACGGAGGAGUUCGUGGAGUAUUUCGACUACACCAACAACAGGGGUCGCCUCACGCAGAUGAGAUCAGGUCACGUGACGGACUUCUACUACAACUACGGCACCAAUGAAAUGUUCAUAGUGCAGCCUGACACGUACGACUGCCAAGUGCAGCCGCUAUCCUCCUCCCCCUUGACCAUCCUGCUGGGAGACACUCCCCAGGGCCAUGUCUUCUCACCUGCUGGGGCUCUCCGUUUUGGGGAGAACGGUUCACGAGAAGAGUACCUGGGCCGCACCCAAGUGCGAGACAUUGCGGUCAACCAGUGGCGGUCCUGCUUGAACUGGACAGAGGACAAUGCAACGAUGACCGUCGUCUGGUCCUUCAUGGACACCGACGUGUGGCAAGCUUCCGGCAGCGCCAUGAGCAUCCCAGUGGAGUGUCACGUGACAGGAACGAUGUAUGGCCACGGCUCGUCCACAGCGUUUGAACACCUGUACGAGUUCAUCAACUAUGUCGAGGGUUUGCCGCCUGAAAGCGACAACGUAUUUGAGACUCCCAGUGGGGUCGUGUGUCCAGGGAGACGGAACACCAAACCUUUUCCCGUGAUGCCUGACGCCCUGUCCUUCACCGCCGAGUCGCUGGACGAGGAAGGCAAAUCUGUGACGUACACUACGGAGCUGUACGACAGCCUGGGGCGUGUCGCUGCCUACAAGUUCCGCGGAGCCACCAUCUUCGCGCGCAGUUACGGCUUGAACCCCUUGGUCAUCGUUCACGACUUUGCCACAGGCACGGAGUAUGUCGUGGACCAGCUGCAAGGCAACUGCACAAUAUCUCCUCUCACGACAACACCUGAUGUUGGUCACGUGGCCAAAGACCCUGUCCUACUCCGAAUCAACUCGGCCAAAGAAAUGUUUCAGAUGACUGGGAACUACACUUACGUGGGCGUGCGAACCAUUCGUGGUGUACCGUGUGACGUGUGGGCGACUCGGCUGGUGGCCUCUGACCUGCUGGGAAUCAGUGUCAAUGCUACGAGGGAAUGGGCCUUUAGCUCGACUGAGUGGAAGACAGAGGACAGCGUGUCCGCCAUGUUCAUCAGUGGGAUCCCCAUGCAGACAACUACAACACUGGACGAUUUUGGUGCUCGACAGACGGUGGUGACAAACGUCUACGACUACGCGGCCAGCGUGCCUGACGUGGCCACCUUCGUCAACCUCGACUCUUGCUACAUCGGAAUGCCCCGCAACAGGAUCACCUUCAGCAUCUCUCGUGUGUACAAGUCUUUGCUGGAGUCGUUUGAAGCCCGUUUCAAGUACACUGUACGACAGAACAUUGCCUCGGCCAUCAGCCUGUCUCCUCUCAGGGUGGCCAAUAUUCAGUAUACAGUACAAGACACAUCGCUAGACAUCACGUUCGAUCUACUUCCGGUACCCAGGAUGCACAGUCGGGUAGACAGUCCUCGCGAGGAGCUAGACCUGGACAACGCUACCCAGCUGCUGAUGGCUGCCGUGAAAAAUAACAAAAUGGUUUUUGAACUUCAGGGUGGAUGCAGUAUGCCUGUCUACAUCGCGGUCGAUGCCACCAGCAUGAGGGUGACUCCACUGGGUCAGCCAUCCUCUGCUGCCUCCGCACGUGUGACGUCUGCAGCUUCUAACCUCCCGCCCACCAGCCCCACCACAGCCACAGCAGCGACAGGCAACAGCAGCCACGAGGACCUGUGUGCACAGCCAGGUCACGACCCGACCUACUCGGCAGGUGUCAUGGCUGGCUCCGCAAUAGCGGUGGGAGCGCUGGGAGGCGCUCUGGGAGGAUUUGUACAUCGACUGGUGCUGCGUCGUGCCAGCUGAGUACUGCCACCAUUUAUGGUUGUCCCUCCGCUGUCAGUACAGGGCGCGUUUAUAAAGUUAAUUAUAAAGUCUGGAAUCGUAAACCGCAAUAAAAGUUGAAAAGUUG